AUGGGAAAACCCGCGAAGGAUCAGCCCGAUGCUGGGCUGAAGAGUCUCAAUCACUAUUCAAGCCGACUACCUCUCUGGCGCUACUGGCCUCGACAAAAGCUCCUCCCAUUGAUCCGAUAUGAAACGCCAUAUCUUGCCUGGGUGCAGGAGAAGGUUCGCACCCCGACGCUGGACUCGUACUUUGCGUUCACCGCGAACCUCGGCACCCACACGUUUUUCAUGGUCUUCCUGCCAUUCCUCUUCUGGUGUGGUCACACUAGCUUAGGUCGUGGACUUGUACACAUCCUUGCCGCAGGUGUUUUCUUCAGUGGCUUCAUCAAGGACUUGCUAUGUCUUCCCCGGCCACUAUCUCCGCCUCUCCAGCGCAUCACCCAUUCCGGAUCAGCCGCUCUCGAAUAUGGAUUCCCGUCCACGCACUCUACUAAUGCCGUCUCGGUAGCCGUUUACGCGAUCUUACUUCUCAACUCCGCCGAUUCGACCGUCAGUCCGCAGACUAGUCUGAUCCUCCAGAUCAUCACAUACCUUUACGUGACAUCGAUCGUGCUGGGCCGACUGUACUGUGGUAUGCAUGGUAUGCUGGAUGUUGUUGUUGGGUGUGUACUGGGUGCACUAAUUGGUCUUGCGCAAUUCAGCUUGGGUCCCGCAUUCGACAACUAUAUUCUCACGGCGAACAUGAAGGAAAUUCUCGUGAUUCCAAUUGUCAUCCUGGUCUUAGUUCGCAUCCAUCCAGAACCGGCUGAUGACUGCCCGUGUUUCGAUGACAGCGUCGCCUUUGCGGGAGUAACACUGGGCGUGGACGUGGGCUCAUGGUACUUUACUGGAUCUAGCCUCGCCUGGGAUUAUCCUCUCCCUGGCACCAUCCCUUUCGACUAUGAGAGCAUCGGAAUUGCUAAAACGACCCUGCGUCUUGUGGUAGGAGUUCUGUGUGUCUUUGCCUGGAGGGAGAUCACAAAGCCUACUUUGCUUCGCAUCCUGCCGCCUAUCUUCCGCAGCCUGGAGAAGCUCGGUCUCCUUCUGCCCCGGCGAUUUUUCACAACUGCUUCGCGUUACACCACGGUCCCAUCUAAUCUGAAAGACAACGAAGUCUUCCCCAACUUCUCCGACAUCCCAUCAAUCAUCACGACCAUCCGUCAUCCACGACGCCGCGCUAUCUCCGUCGGUCCACAGUCCGAAGCCGAUGCAUAUGAGACAUUGGCAUAUCGAGAGAAGCGCCGACGUGAAAGCCAAUCGGGAGGCAGCCGCGAAUCUCCCGCGGAUGUGGACUUCAAGCCGAACGGCACUCCCGUGUUGAACAGAAAAACCUCAAAGCUCGACCACUAUGAGCACAUGAUGGGUAGGGGUAGUCCAAACUCAGCUGCCGUGGAGGAUGAUAAUAUCCCCCGAUCAUCGCCACUUCCCCCUCCCGAAGUCAGUACCUCCCGAACAGAUGAGAAGGAGGUGUUCUCUCAGAUUAAGAAGCCUCGCGUACGAUAUGACGUGGAGGUAGUGACAAAGCUGGUUGUCUAUGCAGGAAUCCCAUGGAUCGUCAUCAAUGGCGCGCCACCAGUGUUCGAGUUGCUCGGGCUCGGAGUUCCCAGUUAA